GCGAACAUGUUCUUAACACUAUCAUCCGGAAAUGUAGGGAUGUUCCCAACUCAGUAAGCAUUGUCACUGUAAUAAAGUAAGCACAGAGCACAUGCCCCCUCGGAGCUGCAUUCAGGAGCCCGGCCCCUCUUGCAAGCUUUGUUGACCGCUGUGAUCGCCCGGCCAUCUGUCCCAUUGAUAAGCUGUAACGGCUCUUUGGACGACUCUCCAGUGGGUUUGUGGCAGCGCCUGGGUUAAACUUCAACAACAUGGCCCCCAUCCGUAACACCACAAACGGAAUGGACAGAGGUGAAAACUGCAGUGGAGUCAAAUCUGACAGAAAGAUGAGGAAACCCCUGGUCGAGAAGAAAAGGAGAGCUCGCAUCAAUGAAAGUUUACAAGAACUCAGAGUUCUCAUCGCUGAAGCAGACUUACAAUCAAAGAUGGAGAAUGCCGAAGUGCUGGAGAUGACAGUCAAACGAGUGGAGAACAUCUUGCAGAAUCGGGCUCAAGAAGUAGACGCUGUGAACCGGGAGGCAUGUGAACGGUUUGCAGCUGGCUACAUCCAGUGUAUGCAUGACGUGCACACGUUUGUGUCCAGUUGUCCCGGAAUAGACACGACAAUUGCCGCGGAGCUGUUGAACCACCUCCUGGAGAGCAUGCCACUGAACGACGAAGACCGCCUCCGGGUGAUGCUACCGGAUACGGUGGCGGAGUGCCCCGGUAGUAACGGCACUUGGGCCGUGUCUGAGAGCAUGUACACGGCUCUGGUGUCCCCAGCUCCCUCCACCACCUCCAGUGAUGACCUCUGCUCAGACCUGGAUGAGACGGACUCAGAGCAAAGUCAUGUUUCUUCUUCAGAAGAGGCCGACAACCAGGAUGUGUUGAGCCUGCCUCCACUCAUUUACUCCAAGUCUAUGUGGAGGCCAUGGUAGAUCAUUUGUUUUAAACCAUGUUUUAAACUACAGAAGAGGAUUCAGUGCUUUGUUGUAGCAUGUUGUUGGGUAUAGGUCAGGUCACACAGGAGAGAAAUACUGCUGGGAUGACAUUUGAGGUUUUGUGCAAGCCACAUGAGAAGCUCUUUGUUUAAUUAUUGGGAAACUACAGUUAUCUUUUAAGUGUAAUUAAUAAAUAAUCCUAUCUUAUUAGAUACGUGGGGUUAAUUUGGAAGUGCAUUGGUCAUGUAAGGGUCUGCCUUCAGUGGGGGGUGAAUGCAUAUGUAAAUAUUUCCUUGUUGACUGUGCUGUAUAGAAGAUUGCUAUCUUGUUAGAAGUUCACUGUUAGUUGUUUGUAAAUUAUUUUAAAUGUAGGAAGUUUUUAACUUUGUAUUUAUUAGUGACUGUUUGAAGGCUAACACACCUGAUAAAUUUCAAUAAAUAUCUUCUCAACAAGUGA